UUCUUUGUCCCGAUGGGUAAAAGAGAGAGAGAGAGAAAGAAGAAAAAAGAAAAACCACAAACUUCCUUUGAAAACCAGCUUAUGGACAGGGCCUGGAGCGCACGCCCUUGACUCAGCGACUCAGAAAUCCUGAAGACAUUCUGAGCCACCGGGUAGCACCUGGCGGCACCCCUGCCCGCCUCCACCUUCCUCCAGUGCCCGGGUCGUGGGCGUGAGUCCGGAAGUGGCCACGAUCCAGCCAGGACCGCCGCUCAUAAACCCGUAUAAGCUCUGGUGUUGACAGCUGGGAGGCAGCUGCGACUGUGGCGGCGCCCCUCACUGUACCCUCCUCCCCCAUCGUAUGGCCAGAGUUGAACCCUCCUUCUAAGUCCUGGAACAGCACCCACUUCUUUAAGGGAAGCUGACUCCACCCAAUGUCUUCACUCCCGCUGGAACCAUCCCUCCCAAGCCUGGAAGCCCUGCACCUGCGCUGGUCCCACCUGGUCACAGCAAGUUAGAGGUGAAAGAGCUCAGCCUGGGGCCUUUCUGUUUACCCCAGAGCUGUACUGCCCAGAGCCCAGAGGGACUGAACAGACACUAGCCACGCCUUCCACGCUACGCUGGUUUUCCAAGACUUUUCUGGGUCUAGUUGCUUUCCAGCCUGAUGACUUCCUUCUUAUUGGAUCAUUCUCUCUUUCGCAUAUCGAGCCUGGAUUAGGUCAGUCCCUGAGGACAGUAAAGCCCGUUGGGACCCCUCAGCUGCCCCGCGCUGACCAUGGAAGACCAUCAGCCUGAGCAUCCAGCCUCUGCUAAAGACAGCACUGCAGACGCAGUCAGCCCAGAGAACCACGCGGUCCCGUCAGAAGCAGAGGAGCACCCUCAGGACAGGGAUGCCGAAGAUGCUGAUGGGGCAGCUGGAGAACAGGAGCUGGCCGAGCAAAGUUUGCCGCUGGCCCAGGGCCAGGAUAACCUCGAGCCCCUGUCACCUGAUGCUAGCUCAAGCCAACUGGGGCCAGCUCAGGGGACGCAGCCCGAGGUAGAGACGGUGGGGGCCUGCUCCAGGCCGCAGGAGCUCCCCCAGUCCCCCAGAGCCCGACAGCCUGAGCUAGACUUCUACUGUGUAAAGUGGAUCCCCUGGAAGGGAGAACGGACACCCAUCAUCACCCAGAGUGCUAACGGCCCGUGCCCUCUCCUCGCCAUCAUGAACAUCCUCCUUCUUCAGUGGAAGGUGAAGCUGCCACCUCAGAAGGAAGUGAUCACAUCAGAUGAGCUCAUGGCCCACCUUGGAGACUGCCUUCUGUCCAUCAAGCCCCAGGAGAAGUCAGAGGGACUUCAGCUUAAUUUCCAGCAGAAUGUGGACGAUGCAAUGACAGUGCUGCCUAAGCUGGCCACAGGGCUGGAUGUCAAUGUGCGGUUCACAGGCGUCUCUGAUUUUGAGUACACACCCGAGUGCAGUAUCUUUGACCUACUAGGCAUACCUCUGUACCAUGGCUGGCUUGUUGAUCCACAGAGUCCUGAGGCUGUGAGCGCGGUUGGGAAACUGAGCUACAACCAGCUGGUGGAGAAGAUCAUCACCUGCAAGCACUCCAGCGACACCAGCCUGGUGACAGAAGGCCUGAUUGCAGAGCAGUUCCUGGAGACCACGGCCGCACAGCUGACCUACCAUGGUCUGUGUGAGCUGACGGCGGCUGCCAAGGAGGGCGAACUUAGCGUCUUUUUCCGGAACAACCACUUUAGCACAAUGACUAAGCACAAGAGUCACUUAUACCUACUGGUCACUGACCAGGGCUUUCUACAGGAGGAGCAGGUGGUGUGGGAGAGCCUGCACAAUGUGGACGGAGACAGCUGCUUUUGUGACUCUGACUUCCACCUGAGUCAUUCCCUGGGCAAGGGGCCUGGCGCAGAAAGUGCGAGCGGCUCCCCAGAGAAGCAGCGGCAGGUGGACCAGGACUACCUGAUCGCAUUGUCCCUGCAGCAGCAGCAGCAGCCGCAGGGCACGUUAGGUCUUAGUGACUUGGAACUGGCCCAGCAGCUUCAGCAAGAGGAGUACCAACAGCACCAAGCGGUCCAGCCCGCACCAGCACGGGCCCCGUCGCCACCACAGGGGCGAGGAGCCACAUCUGGACGCCCAGCCACCGAGCGUCGGCAAAGACCGAAGCAAGAGUCCGACUGUGUCCUCCUGUAGCGCCGUCAGUGCCAGGCUGCCUGGCCUCUGCGUCCGGAGGCUGGGGCUCUGUGGCUUGCUCCCCCAGCUCAACUUGAGAUGUUCAGGGUAACUUAUUUAUGGACUGUUGGGGAUCAAAGCAGGCAGUAAAUGCCAAGGUCAGACUUGUGACGUCCUUGCCCUCAAGUGCUGCCUCCUCCUCCUCCCAGCCCUCCAGGGCAACACUGGGGUUGAUGGGGUGAGGAUUUCUGAUUCCCAACUCCCUUUCACCAGAAUAGUCACAUUAAUACACAGACUCAGGCUCCAGGGUGAGGUCCUUGUCUGGAAUGCAUCUUCCUUACUACCUACCCCUGACUGGUGGAGUCCUCCUGGCCGUCCUGCAGGCCCCUCCGUAUCCAUUUGUUUCAGGGUUUGGUUUGGGUUUCUAUAGCCACUAUUUGUAAUGCCUUCCUAGGGGUUUGGAAAUAAAACUUCUUUCCGGAGA